AUGGCUGGGAACAAAGUCGAGUCCUACAGCUUUAUUGAAAAACUUAUUCCUUUGACGAAGCUAAAAGAGCUAGAUUUGGAUGCAAAUCCAAUAUGUCAAAACGCAACCGCCACUCAAAACUUCGUGAGCAAAGUGUUUGGCAUCCUUAAAACUUUGAAAGUCGUAAACAUGUACGAUAACGAAAACCAACAAAUUAAUGACAGCGAAGAGACCGAUUCAAACAACAGCGACGAUGUAUACGGUGAGUUUGGUAACGAAGACGACGAAAGUGACGAACUUUAUGUCGAAGAAUCGGGCGGUAAUUCGCUCGUUGACGAUAUGGAAGACGACAGUUUACUUCUAGACUCUGAGCUGGAAAAAAUAGAUUCGAACUUCGAAGAUUCCGACUACGAGUACAACUCAGAUGAAGAAAAUAAAAAAACUUCCGAACGCAUUACAUUAAGUGUAUAA